AUGGCGCUGUUAUCUAAGGAAAUGCAGAUCGAGGCAUCGGAGAAUACACAGAGCACUACCGACAUGCUGAAACUCCUCUGGAACCUUGCUCCCCAUGUCGAAGCGUUUCCUGAGAUGUUCAUCAAUGUCGCAGAUCGACAUUAUUUAGAGUCACCAGAAUUAGAAUUCAUGUUUGCCCGGGUAAAAGAUGCCAAAAAGUGCCAGGAGUUCUUGAAUGCAAUGAUGUUAACCAUGAGUCUUGAUAAAAGAUCGGGUUAUAUUGCUAUUCUUGACCUGAUGCUGGAAAGCAACUUCGAGAUUGAAGCGACAAACAAGCUUGUCAUGAGUACCUUUAAUGCGCACAUAGAGCAGUCCUGCAGACCUUCCUCGAGCACAAAGUGGAUAUCAAACUGUCACAGGAGAUGGUGA